AUGUCGUUGACAAAUUGCCGUUUCUACGAGGAGAAGUAUCCGGAGGUCGACAGCUAUGUCAUGGUCAACGUGAAGCAGAUCGCCGAAAUGGGCGCAUACGUUAAGCUCCUCGAGUAUGACAACAUCGACGGCAUGAUCUUGCUCUCCGAAUUGUCGCGCAGACGUAUUCGUAGUAUCCAGAAGCUCAUCCGUAUCGGUCGCAACGAGGUUGUCAUCGUGCUCCGUGUCGACAAGGAGAAGGGUUAUAUCGAUCUUUCCAAGCGACGAGUUUCCCCCGAAGAUGUGGUCAAGUGCGAGGAAAGAUACAACAAGAGCAAGGCGGUGCACUCUAUCAUGCGCCAUGUUGCCGAGGCUACUCAGACCCCUCUCGAGACCCUAUACCAGCAGAUCGGAUGGCCUCUGAACCGGAAAUACGGGCAUUGCCACGAUGCGUUCAAGAUCUCCAUCACGAACCCCGACGUGUGGAACGAAGUUGAAUUCCCCAGCGAGUCCGUGAAGAAGGAGUUGACGCACUACAUCAGCAAGAGACUUACUCCUCACCCCACCAAGGUUCGCGCCGAUAUUGAGGUUACUUGCUUCGGUUACGACGGUAUCGACGCGGUCAAGGAUGCCCUGCGCACCGCCGAGGCCAACAACACCGAUGAGACCCAGAUCAAGGUUAAGCUGGUUGCCCCGCCACUUUACGUCUUGACCAGCCAGUGCUUGGAUAAAGCUAUUGGUAUCCAGAUGCUCGAGGAGGCCAUCCAAAGGAUCGAGGCCAAGAUCAAGGAGGCUGGUGGUGGCUGCAUCGUCAAGAUGGCGCCCAAGGCUGUUACCGAGCACGACGAUGCCGCCCUUCAGGAACUCAUGGAGAAGCGUGAACGUGAGAACAUGGAGGUCAGCGGUGAUGAGAGCAUGUCCGAGAGCGAUGAGGGCGUUCCUGAGUAA